AUGAACCUUGAGGGACCAGCCCCUGCUAUGAGCUUCGCGGCUGCUUUGCCGGGAGCCACAUCUUCAGCAUCGCCAAGGCCCGCUGCAGCGCAUGAUAGCGGUGCGCCAACGCAGCCAUGUGGUAGCAGCCAAAUGGUCUCCAGCGAAGCGAAUGAUCCGGACACUGACACGGCGGGUGAUGAUCAACCCAGUCGCUGGCAGCUGCUUGUAAAACGCAUGAACGCCGAGGUCCCCACCACUGGCCUCAGCCCGGCGGCCGCCAAACCAACCCACUCGCCCAACGCAACGCCGAGCGACCAAGCUUCCAGCCCCAUAGGCCAGCGGGGAGCGGGAGCCGUACAGUACGGCAGCCCGGCAUUGAGGCAGAAGCACGCUUCUCCACGAGCGCCUACUGAGCAAGCAGGUUCAAGGAUUGAGCCGAAGCGGGAUCAGUACGACAGAACGGAGACACGUCAUUCACCUUUGAGAUCGUGCAGCACAGACGCCGACACGGGGUAUGCGCACGCACACGUACCUGGCUCGGCGGUGAGGCGGCUCGCUGCACCGUCGCGGCCGUCAACGGUGUCGGCCGCUGCCCGCUACAACAGUGCGAACCGCCGCUACCAACCGGCAAGUGGACAUCUGGAUGCUGACGUGACAACCGCCACGUCAGCAUCGCCGUACGAGCGGGCGGUAGCGGCCCUCCAGCAGGCCGAGCAGCAGCUGCGGGUGCACAAGCAGUACCGCGGCGGUGGCGGUGGGGGUGACGGCGCCACACACGCUGUCGUACCGGCGGUGGCAUCACCCGCGAGCGGUGCCCUCGCGGCGGCAGAGCGCUUCCUGGCAACGGGACAGCUUUGUAACGCCCCUGUCGUUGUACACCGAGCGACAGCCAUGUACGGCAACACGCACGUGGCGUCUCGGUUGGGUGUUGAUCAGGUUUGUGAUCAUGAUUCCAAUCCUGGCAGCUUUGAGGAGGUAGCCCGGGGGCUCGUGAACCGCCUGACGUCAUCCGUACGACUUGGCCUGGGGCUGCCAGGAGCGACGGCGGCAGCGGCAACGGGCCCGCUCGUACACUCCUACGCACUACUGGAGCCGCCACCAGCGCAGCACGUCGCAGCGGCGGCGGCGCUAGCAGCCGCUGCCGCCGCCGGAAAGGCCGAAAGCAGCGGCAGAGCAGCCGCCGCCGCCGCCGUCACCGCCGCUCCGGAACUAGAGCUGCAGGUUGCGAUGCAGGGCCUUAUGGCGGCCGCCCGGCAGGCUUCGAGUGAGGAGGCGCAGCAGGCCGAGCAGCAGCGGAAGCGGCGGGAAGCGGCGGAGGCAGCGGAGGCAGCCAUUGCGGCGGUGGAAGAACGGGCGGCACAGCUUGCGCGUGUCGUACUUUACCUGCGGUUGUGGCGUACGGCCGCCAGGUGGUCCCGUCGGGAGACGGACGAGCUGGCGGCGGGGUUGAACACGUCCAGGCUACGGCGCUACUUCGCUGCCUGGCGUACGGCGGCCCGGGCAGCGCGCGCGGAGCGGCUGGCGGCAGAAGCGUUGGAGCUGGCGGCGGAGGCGCGGUGGGAGCAGGUGGCGCACCGCUUCCGGCGGCUGUGGCUGUUGCACUACAGCCUUGUCGCCUGGCGGCGUGCGGCUACAGCUGGCUUGGAGGCGCGCCGCCGCCAGGCAGUAGUGGCCGGGGAACUGAGUCGGGAGCGACAGGCGGCGGCCCUCAGGAAGGCCACCGCGGACCGCUUCCGCAGACUGUGGCUGCUCCACUCCCACAUGCGCGUGUGGAGGACGGCGGCAAGAGCGCAGGCCACUGCGCGCCUCGUGGCGGGCGGUGGCGGCAGCGCUACCGCCGCCGCGGCCACUGCCUCCGGCGGCCAGGUAGUGCAGCAGCAUCUGGCACCGCAUACGACGCAACAGCGCCGCAGCGCGGCAGUAGCUGCCUUACUGAACCGCCUGCGGAGUCAACGGGAGGCGUUCCGGGGCCCGGUGGCGGCGGCGGCAGGCGCUGGCGCCUCAUGCGCUGCUGCUUCUGCCGCCGGCCUAGGCAGCGACGGAUAUGGCGGCGCCUCUAGCGGCGGUGACGACAAUGGCGGACACGCCGUACAACCCGCAGCGGCGGCGGCAGCGCCCACGGCUAGCCGGCCCUUCCCUGGCCUCAACCAUUGGAUUCGCCCGGAGGUAAUGCGCGGUCGCCGCGGUGCUGGCGGAGGUGCUGCCUCCAAAGGCUCGGUUGCUGCUGCAGCGGCGCCGCCACAGCCGCCGCUUCCACCCGGCUGUAGCGGAUCACGCGUGACGGUGCCGCUGCCGUUUCAGUUGUCCACCAGUGUGCGUGCGCGCUGCCGCCGAGAUCAGGUAUUAGCGGCUUGCGCGGGGACUCGACACCUGGUGAAGGGUGUGGCAGUACCGCCGGCGGCCGCCAACGACCCAUGGGUCACGACCGUCGCCGCCGCUGCUCCUCACGGGCCAACAAUGGCGCCCGCGGCGGUGGCGCCGGUCUGGGCCGCCGAGUGCGGUGCAGUGGGCCGAAGAGGUCGCAGCUGUGGCGGGGGCGGAUGCGAUAGCCAGGGUACGGACACGGCACUCGAGACGUUGCGGCAGGUGGUACGGCAGCGGCACCAGCAGCGCGUGAUGGUGGUGGAGGCGGCGGCGGCGGCCGGCGCAGGGCCGUGCGGUGGGGUGCCGCCGGCGGUGGGUGCGUCUGUCCUCCUGACUGAGGGGGGCCAGCGGGCUGUGGGCGCUUGGCAGCUUGAGCCGGGGCCGGGCGGGGGGGGCCCUCGGCGGGAUGCGGCGCCGCGGAACACGGUGCGGGGACAGGCAGUAGCGACUACUGCUUCUGCUGCCGCGGCGGUUGGUUUCGGAGGUUUGUUGGAAACUUUCCCCUCCUCGGCGAGCUCCGAGUGGUCCGAUAGGGAGGAGGGAGCCGGGGCUCUUGGUGGGAGCCAGCGGCAGCAGCAGGAGGGGGAGGGGGGGGUGGGGGAGCAGGAGGAGGAGGAGGACAUGCGGCCGCUGGCGGUGGCGGCAGUAGGGGACCCAGGGGUCGACCAGCAGCAUGUACGGGAGGAAGAGGAACCGGCUGCUCCUGGAUCUGCGGACUCGGAGGCUGUCUCUGAAGACGACCGAGGGCGACAGCAGCUCCCGCGUGGUGGCCGGCCCACUUCCAAUACCGCGGUUGCCCUCGCCGUCGGCGGCGUAGGGCCCAGUUUGGCGGGUGGCUUGACGGCGGUUGACUUGGAGCGGUUGCGAGCCGCGGAGAUUCGGAAGCGGCGUGCGGCUGAUGAUCGUGCUCGUCGUGUGGCUUCGGAGCUGGUCGCCCACAUGACCCAGCUGGCGGUGGUGCAUUGCCGCCGGGGGACAUUAAAGUGGUACGGCCUUCAGCCCUGGAUCCAGUUGGCGGCUCUGGCGAGGCGGGCGGCGCUCACGGCGCUACGGCACUUCUCUGCGGGGCUGCUGCGGCGGGCGCUGCUGCGCGGUCCUCGACCCUGGGUGCUCGUGAACAGCAUAUUUAAGCUUUGGCUCGCGGCCCGGCCCGAGCCCGACUGGGGAUCAUCAGCCGAGUCGCCGCCGCCGUGGCGGUGGGCCGCUGUCGUUACCGGGUCAGAGCGCGGGUGUGGGUGCGGGUGGUGGGAUGUUCGCUGCGCUGUGUGUAGCGAGGAGCGUGUGGCCCGUGCCGUACUGGGUCGGCUGAUCGCCUGGGUCCGAGCCGCGUCGCUUCACCGACGCCAUGUGCAUCAGCGGGUGUUGUUGGGCCUUAUGCGGGCCGCCCGGGCGAGCUGGGCCGCCCAGGCGGAUGCUGUCGAGCACUGCUGGCGGCGGCGAGUGUGGAGCUGCCUCCAGGGCUGGCGGGUGGCUGCGGAGCGGCAGGCGAGUGAGCGGCUGCUGUGGGAGCUGCAGCGGCAGCACGAGCUGGAGGUGGCGCUGGGCCGCCGCACCGCCCGCCGCGUGCUGGCGGAGUGGCGGCGACUGCAGUUGGAGGCGGCCGAGCAGCGAACGGCACUGCAGCACCGCAGCCAGAAGUGGGCCAAGGUGCAGGGCUGGCUGGCGGAGGUGCAGAUGGCGAGGUCGGUGGGGAACAGGGCAGGCAGCGCAAGUAGCAGUGGCAGCGGCGCCGCCACCGGCGGUGUACCCACGGAGCGAGCGUCGUACAGCAGCCAAGCCGCCGCAUGCGGCGGCGCUUCCGAAACCGUCGCUGAGAAGGGUACGGCAGCGGUGCCCGCCGAUAACGUUGCCGACUUAUUGAAUGGGGAUGUCGUAUCGGGGGGAAGCGAUGCGAGGGCUCGGGACCCCCGCGGCGGCCGCGGGGGUCCCAUCUCCUCCGGCGGUCACGGCGGCGGCGGCGGGCGGGAUGUCUGCUGCAACGAGGACGACCCGUUGGGUUUAGGGCCGCUGGAGGAGCAGCUGCAGCAGUUCUCCCUGGGACCUAGCUACCUGGGCCUACAAGAGCCACCGAGUGGCGGCCGCAAUGACCCGUGGGUCACUGGUGGCGGCGGUGGGUCCGGGUCACGGCGGCGCCAGGCCUGGCAUUCGAAAGGGGCCGCUGCAGCUGGGCGUCAUUGCGACUCGGGCGAUGCAACAGCAUCAGCUGCUGUAGCAACAACGGCAUCAGUCGCGCCGCUGCCGCCGAUGGGGCCGGCGGCACCGCUGCCGGGUUUGGAAUCAAAUUGCGAACGGGCGAAGAGCCACAAAUGGGCGGCUGCGAGGCGGAAGCCAGCAGCCGACCCACUCGCGGCUCCGCCAGUGUUGGCGAACCGGCAGCAGAGACUAGCUCGCUAUCUGUCGGGGCGUUCCGCGGGGGGUGCCGGGACCCAGCCGGUUGCAAAUGUACAAUGGGGCAACGGCCGUCCCUCGGUCAUGUGGGUAUCACAGGUCUGUGCUCAUAUCCUAUAGCUCCCCCUUCUCUCUCUGACCGUCAUCAUCAUUAUCACAGUCAUCUGACCAAAUCAGGCCACUGAUCGUUCUCCCCGCACCCAGCUGCUCUCACAACCAGGGUUGGGGGAUUUGGGUCGAUCACGGAGGGGCCAACAAGCACCGUCCUUGGAGUUUGUACUUAGAAACACAGACAGACACGCAUUGCCUGGUCACGUUGAGCCAACCCCGCAUGAUCAGCGGCAGCAUAAGCAGCAUCUCUCAGCCUUCACAACAGGCUCCGUCACAUCACAUCACGCUGAUCAACGAAUUAAAUUGACGCAUCCAUGGAUACGGGCGCAACCCUUGUAUACGGGCGCAUCCCUUGUAGCAGAACCACCGCAACCCAGCCGGGCCCCAGCCAGCCGGGUAUGUCACCCGGGGGUGCAUAUUGAACUGCCAGAUCGAUGGAUGUGCUCGAGGCCAUAUCACCUAACAGGCGCCACCUAAGGCGGGUGGGUGGGUGAUGUU